CUUGGCACUUCGUUUCUCUUCAGAUCCGAUCACAACAGACCUUUUUUCACACACAGAAAAGAAAAGAAAACCAGAGAGCGACAAUGGCAGGAAUCGUGCACAAGAUUGGAGAGACCCUUCACCUAGGAGGCAACAAGAAAGAAGACCAGCAGCACCAGGGAGAGCAGCACAAGGCCGGAGAGCUUCACGGCGAGCACAGGGCCGGAGAUCAGUACAAGACUGGAGAUCAGCACCGUGGCGAGCACAAGGCCGGAGAUCAGUACAGGCCUGAGCACCAGGGCGAGCACAAGGAAGGGUUUGGAGAGAAGAUCAAGGACAAGCUCCAUGGCGGUGGCGAGGGCCAGGACGGAAAGAAGAAGAAGAAGGAGAAGAAGAAGAAACAUGGUGAAGGCCACGACGGCCACGACAGCAGUAGCAGCGACAGCGACUAGAUGUCACACACAUGAAACAUCAUGCCUAGGUGGUGUACGGGGUGACUGUAGGAGUGAGAUCCCUCUCCAUGGAAAUAAAAUAAAAACGAACAAAAUCUUUGUCUCACUUCCUCUUACUAUUUAUAUUUAAGUGUUCGUACGUAUCUAGCCUAGCUGCCUAGGCAAGCUCGGGAUGUAACACCCACUUUUUUAUGAUGUACGGAGGAUUAUAAUAAUAUGUUUAUGUUGUAUUUA